AUGGCGGAGAAGAAGUCACAGGAGACAGAAAAGCCAGGCGACGAUGGAGAGUCGGCCGAAUUGGAGGAGCUUCGUACUCUCCAAGAACUGCGCUCCAAAGCACAGGAAGAAGUGGAUAGUCUUCGCGCAUUGCUCGAAAAGACAAGGCAGGGCAGGAUUAAACUGCAGCUGGAAACACAACUCCUGGCUGCAGCUGACAAGUACUUUCAAAAAACCUUGGCUGCAACGCAAGCUAGGACCAUGGAGUUUAAAGCAAUGACUCAAAAAGAGGCUGAUGAAACGAGGGAAGAAGUGGAAGCCCUCCAAAAAACUCUAGAUCAACAUUUAAAAAAAAUUAAGGAGACUUUCGAAAAGAGUACAGAAGAGCUUCAACUGCAAUGCGAAAGGGAACGGAAGGAACUGGAGGAAUCUCUAGAGCUGCAAGAAAACGUGGCCAUGCUGGAAGUGGAAGAGCAAAAAAAUUGCCACAAGAAUAAACUUAAGGAGUUCAAUGAAGAGGCGCUUGGCAGAUUAAAAGCAUACUAUGAGGACAUUACACGAGACAACUUACAGCUCGUCAAGAAGCUGCGGGCCGAGAACGAGAGGAUGUCAGCUAAUAACAAACGGCUCAAAAAGGAAAUAGAGAUAAUGGCAGCACAAAAUGCGAAGAUUCGGGAGCCUCUUCGAGAGCAAGAAGCUCUAAAAGCCCGACUCAAAGUGCAGCUACGUUUUGUAGAAAAAGACAAACUAGUCCUUCGCAAUCUUAAAAGGCGAAAUCAAAUGAUGGAAGAAAACAUAAAGAAUGCGCGCAUGGAGGUUCGGAACCUGGAGCACCAAAAGAAGGCAAUCAGCCGCUCCAUUGGUCAACUGCAACAAAGUUUGAGGAAUGUCCAACAAGAAACUGGUGGAGGCUCUGCAGCGCACGGAGCCUUGUUGAGAAUCCAAGCAACAGAGACGCUUGCACAGCUAGACUCAAGCUUUCAGCAGAUACAACAGGCACAAUCUCGCUCCACUUUACCUCAAGGAGUGUCGUCAGCUAUAUGUGAACUGAUCCAAGACACAAUUAUUGAUCAUAACAAGUGUGAAAAGGAUUUGAAAGAAGAGCUGCGCCGAUGCGUGGAGGCCUACAAUGAUAUGCUAGUAUUUAUGCGCCACCGUUUAGGCGAGCUCAAUGUACCUCACUCUUCUAUCAAAGCCAAGAGUAUUGUAUAUGAAAACGCUGAAGCCUUGCUCAACAUCACGGACGAGUCGUUCACUGCGUUUGAAACAGCAACCGAGAACGAGACAGUGGCGAAUCAGCAGUCUGACCAGGCUUCAGUGGAGUCAAAGGGAAACGACGAAUUGGCCGUUUCAGGCGCUUCAACAGGCACACCGCCCGAAGACGAACAUAUUGGUACAAAAAGCUCUAGCCACCCUUCUGGAUGGGCUAUUACUUAUCCAUCUGCAAAAGGGUCAGACAAUAUCCACUUGGGGCAAGUGACUCUCCGGAGACUGACGGGCACUUAA